AUGGCGAAAGCCGAGGGCCAGCGAGUAAGAGAUGCAGCUGGCGAAGUGACACAUCAGGUGGCAGGUGUCGCCGGACAUGCAUCUUCGCAAGUUGCCAGUGCUGUAGAAGGUGUCAGGGACCACGCUGUGCAGCAAAAGCAGCGGAUGGAGAAGGUUCUGGACCAGUUCACCGACCUCAUGGAGGGCUUCCUCAAGAGAAAGCUGUACAAACUUUUAAUUCUUCUUGUGGACAAGAUCCCCGGUAUUCUCAAGACAGUUUUGGAAGACCCUGAGAUGCCAUCUCGAGUGCAGAGAGCCCAGGAUGCUGCAGUUGAUGCUGUCUGGCCGGAUGUGCGGCAGGAAAUCAUGUGGGAACUGGCAGUGACCAUGGAUGGCAAGGCAGCGGACCAGCCAAAGGAACAUGGCUGCAUUUGCUGUUCUUUUCUCAGAUACCAUCUUUAUCCUUUCGACCGAGGGUUCUGGGGACGGCUGCGAGAUCCAGUGUGGAUACUCUUCACGAUUGUCGGCCUUCUUCCUGUGUAUGGCAUCAGCCCAGGCAUUUUCUUGUUGAUCUUCCUCAUCGUCGACAAAUCCGAUGAGUUCCAGCUUGUUUCCUUCAUACUUGAGUUCAAGGGCUUCCAGUACCUCACACAGGGCCUUGUACGCAGCUUGAUGGGCUACUUUUUGUACCUGAACUGCGUCACUGCGCCCGGGCAAGAGGAGGAUUUCUGCGCUACAAACGGACCCGGCUCCGUCGCUCCGACCCUGAUUGUCUUGGUGCAAGACUCAGGGCCCCACAAGCAGACUUGCGAGAGCGACGACAACCAGGCGCAUGUCAUCAAUGAGCAUUUGAAGCCGGUUGACGGAGGAAGGAAUUUUGCGGAGGCACAGGAAAUUGGAUGGUGGCAGAAAGAGGGGCAACGGAUGCUAGCGCUGCUAGCGGCCAGCGGUUGGCUAAGGCACCGACUGGAUACGACCGAUCUGGAUGUUGCAGACAGUACUUGGGCCCUGCAAGGCGCUAUCGAUUUGCUUGGCAAGGCAGCCAAAGUGCUGGAGAACCUGAGACGUCUGUUGUCGGGCCUUCGCGUUCGAGCAGCCGACGGAGUCCGAAGCGGCGAAUGCCGAAUAGAAGCGUUUACCGUUGAACGCUUCUUUGUGCCCUUGAGCCAGAUGUUGUGGCCUGGCUCCAUCAAAAGUCUAUACGAGGUCUUUCCCAACCACAACACGUACAGCUUCGUGGCUGAAUUGUGGAGCUGUGCUGGGACCAAGAUACCCGACCCCCACCCGCAUGCCACGCGCGACUCUGAUGGCACCGAGUAUGCUGGCGAGUUCCGCGAGGGCUUGACGUGGGGUCAAGGUGAAAAGCGGUGGUCGAACGGAAGGCGAUACUGUGGAGAAUGGGUGCAGGACAUGAUGUGGGGGAACGGCGAAAUGAGUUGGCCUACUGGUGAAAAAUACACUGGCCAGUUCUUCAAGGGUGUCUUCCAUGGCCGAGGGACCCGAUCAUGGCCCAACGGGGACAGCUACACCGGAGAGUUCAGACACGGCGAGCCGGAUGGCGAAGGCAAGUUUGAAAGUGCUGCGGAAGGCUGGGUUUACACUGGUCACUGGAUCCAUGGCGAGAUGUGUGGCAAUGGGCAGAAAACUUUGCCUGAUGGAGUCGUUUAUGUGGGGGAGUGGAGGCAAGGAUGCCGGCAUGGGCAUGGAUGCCUUACCUGGCCGAGCGGUGCUUGUUACGAGGGGCAGUUUGUCGACGACUGCAUGGAAGGGCGUGGUCGAAAAACCUUCGCUGAUGGGAGUUGGUGUGAGGGUGAGUUCAAAGACGGCGAACUGGAAGGCCACGGCACCUUUCACUGGCCGGACUCCACCGAGUUUGAGGGCCGCUGGCAGAGGUCGGAAGUCGUUGGGCCUGGAACUCACCGCUUCGCCGACGGGACGUGCAUCGCCGGGAGCUUCGAAGACUGUGGAGCAACAGGAGAAGGAACCAAGACCUGGGCAAACGGUUGCAGCUAUGCUGGCAGGCUGUUGCACAACCAGAUACAUCACUAUGGUGUUCUGCGGUGGUCAGACGGCCGUUGUUAUGUGGGUCACUUCAAAGAUGAGGCCAUGCAUGGCGUUGGGAUGCUUACCUGGAGCGACAGCAUGGGCACAUGUGUCUACAAGGGCUACUUCGAGGAGAACUGCUUCCAUGGCCAUGGAUUGUUGGAAUGGUCGAACACUGCCAGCUAUGAAGGCGAGUUCAGGUUUGGUGAGUACCAUGGUGCUGGACGCUUCGUCUGGCCUCAAGGCAGUGUGUAUGAUGGCGACUGGUCAGAAGGAUCGAUGAAUGGUCGAGGGGUGCUUGGCAGUGUCGGUGACGACAGGCUCCAGCCUUUCGUGUACGUCGGAGAUUUUCAUCACGGAGACCUCCAAGGCUUUGGUUCGGUUACUUUUCUCAGCUCUGAAGGUGAUGUGCAAGAGGACCACUACAUGGGCGAGUUCCUGAGCUCGCAGCUUCAUGGCUAUGGUGUUAUCACUUCAGUGACCGGGUGCAGAGUUUCGGGUCGCUUUGAGUACGGGUUCUGCGUCGACGGCCAGAAAAAUCAGUCAUCUGGGCAGGCCUACGUCGGCGAGAUGCAGAGGAGUCUGGAACACGGCCCUGGCAUCCAGUAUGGUGAUCAGCGACAAGCUGGAUUCUGGCUUGAAUCGAAGCUGGCCACUGCGCUGAAGUAUUCUGGAUCAGGAAAAGCCUGUGUGCUGCUUGGGGAGAGUUUCGAGGAUCAUGCGACGCGCUCCGAUCCGCCCCCGGCAGGCAUCGCAAUGCACACGCUGCCAAGUGGAGACUGGUACGUGGGCAACGUCGAGGCAGGAAGGAAGCACGGCCGCGGCAUCUUCGUCUACGCUGACGGCACCCUGUUCAAGGCUGAUUGGCAGGAGGAUUCUUCAGACGGAGUCAGGCACCCUCGUGACGCAGUGUGCGAAGGCGAAGAUGCCUUGGCCUCUGCAGCGGAUGCCUCGCAGUAG